ACUCUUCUGUUUUCUUCUGUGAAAUAUUUGAGAGUAGGCAACUGUCCUGUUUCUUCUUCCUCUACAGUUUGUGGACAACCAGUGAUUUCGGGACGGAUUGUUGGGGGUGAUGAUGCCACAAACGGGGCAUGGCCUUGGCAAGUCGCCGUUUUGCGUUCUUACUAUUUUAUAUGUGGAGGAUCUCUCAUAGAUAAGGAGUGGGUGUUGUCAGCAGCUCACUGCUUCUAUAAUGCCACAAACCCUGAUGAAUAUCUCUUGAUAUUUGGAGCCAAUCAACUCUUAAAUCUCUCACCUGAUGUGGUAGUCAGACGUGUGAAAAGGAUCAUCCUCCAUUAUGACUACAAUGGUCCCGUUGCCUCCAGCGGGGAUAUUGCUUUACUUCAACUCUCAUUCCCUGUGGAUUUCACCAACAACAUCCACCCUAUUUGUCUGCCAGAGUCAUCUGCAGAAUUCUAUGUAAACACCAAUUGCUGGGUGACAGGAUGGGGAAAUACACAAUUUAAAGUGCCAUUAGAGAAACCAAAGACCCUCCAGGAAGUGAAGCUGCCUCUCAUUACAUGGGAAAUCUGCAACAUUUAUUAUAACAUGGUUCCAAUCCAAGGCCUGACCUGGAAUCCCAUGAAGGCUGAUAUGCUCUGUGCUGGUUAUCAAAUUGGUGGGAAGGGUCCCUGCCAGGGUGACUCUGGAGGACCUUUGGUUUGCAACGUACAAGGAAGCUGGUUCCAGGCUGGAAUUGUGAGUUGGAGUGUAGGCUGUGCCCAGCGCAACUACCCCAGUGUCUACGCAUCAGUGCCUUACUAUGCCAAGUGGAUCAGUGCUGGUUUGGAGGGUAGAGAUCCAAAUAGUGCUGCUUUGGUGGUUAGCUAUCUAAAUAGUACUGUUUCACGAGGUAGCAAUCCAAAUACUGUUGUUUCACCAGGUAGUGACCCAAAUAGUGCUGGUUCAGUGGGUACCGAUCCAAAUAGUGCUGUUUCGGCGGGUAGUGAUCCAAAUACUGUUGUUUUGCCCAGUAGUGAUCCAAAUAGUGCUGUUUCGUCCAGUAGUGAUCCAAAUGGUGCUGAUUCAGUGGGUACCAAUCCAAAUAGUGCUGUUUUGCCCAGUAGUGAUCCAAAUGGUGCUGAUUCAGUGGGUAGCAAUCCAAAUAGUGCUGGUUCAGCGGGUGGUGAUCCAAGUAGUGCUGUUUCACCAGGUAGUGAUCCAAAUAGUGCUGAUUUGGCAGGUAGCGAUUCAAAUAGUGCUGGUUUGGAGAGUAGUAGUGAUUCAAAUAGUGGGUCACAAAAUGCACCCCUUCUGGCAAUUCUCAUGUUUCUUCUUCUCUUAACCCUCUUGUGAGACCCUUGAGCUCUCCAACCUCUGCCUCACUACUCAUUAAAUGGAAUAUCAUGCUUCAGGGAAGAUUCAAGAGUGUCCCAGUUUCAUUAUGGCCAAAUUUUUCACAAAUAAUUAUGGGAGUAUUCAGUAUCUAUACCAAAUAGAAUGUAAGAUUAAAUGGGGAAAAAAACUUACAAUGGUUGGGUUGCUGUGAGUUUUUUGGUCUGUAUGUUUCUCCCACCCUGGACAUUCCAUAGAUAUACACCCCAUUUGCCUCAGUUCCAACAAAUUUCUAAGCAAUCCUCUGAGGAAGCUUGCCACAGGUGCAGGUGAAACGUCAAUGGAGAAUGCUACUGGAACGUGACCAUACAGCCCGAAAACCUCACAGCAACCCAGUGAUUCUGGCCAUGAAAGCCUUCAACAACUUACAUUGAUUGUUUCAUGAAAUCUGUCUUGGGACAGAAAAGGAGAAAAAUGAAAUAAGAUUACAUAAAAUCUGAUAGAAGAUCCCCUAAGGAUAGCCCUCAUUUAUGGAUAAAGCUUGAGUAUAUAGAUCAGAAACUUUCCUGUGCACUUUAUUCAGAUGAACUGUGAUGCAUUUGGAUCACCUUUUUCAACUCCCUCCCCCAAAACUUUGAGACCUGUGACUUGGAGAAAAUCCUGAGAUUUUUACAUCAAACUCUGGAGUUUAGUGAUGAACAAUAAUACUGUUUUUUCACAUCACACUUAAUCACAGUGUGUCCUUGAUAACCACUGAGGUUUUGUUAUAGGACACCCUGCAUAUUCCUAAAUCUGUGAAUGCUCAUAUCUCAUACAAAAUGGUAAAAUCUAUCUGUGCUUUUAGGAUGAAAAAUGUUUUCAAGCUGUGGAUGGUUGUGGGUGGAUGAAGAAUCUUGGCAUAAGGGCAAGGGGGGGGACUGUGAUGUUUUAGUCUCCGCAAUCAAAAUAUGAAAAAUUGUUACAAUAUCCCCUUGCAAUGUUUAAUUUCUGUCCCUGUCAAUAAAUAUUAAUAAUAUGACAAACAACAAAUUAAUUUCUUCUCUGGUGUCAUUUUUUUUAAGUGUGAUCCUUCAAAUACAAGGAGAUUGGUUUGUCUGUAACUUAUCAAGAAUACAUCAUAUAUCAGAUACAUCACCAAGAUUAAACACUUUGAGCCAGUGUGGUAUAGUCGUUGGAGACUUAGAUUAUGAAUCUAGCAGAUCCAGGUUCAAAACCUGCUUGGUCAUGGGAAUCCACAUUGUGAACUUAGGUGAAUCACAUUCUCUCAGCUUCAUGAAGUUCAACAGGGAUAAAUGCAAGAUACUUCAUUUCGGCAGAAAAAAUGAAAUGCAAAGAUACAGAAUGGGGGACGCCUGGCUAGACAGCAGUACAUGUGAAAAAGAUCUUGGAGUCCUUGUGGGCAACAAGUUAAACAUGAACCAGCAAUGUGAUGCAGCUGCUAAGAAAGCCAAUGGGAUUUUGGCCUGCAUCAAUAGGGGUAUAGCAUCUAGAUCGGACGGUAAUUAUUUGGGUUGUUCUUUUUUCCCUUCUUGAAGAUAGGGAUCACAUUUGCCCUCCUCCAAUCUUCUGGGACUUCUCCCAUUCUCCAAGAACUCUCAAAUAUGAUUGCCAGUGGUUCUGAAAUAACUUCCGCUAGUUCCUUCAGUACUCUUGGAUGUAGUUGAUCUGGCCCUGGCGACUUGAAUUCAUUUAGAGUGGCCAGGUGUUCCUGGACAACUUGUUUCCCUAUUUGGGGUUGGAUUUCCCCAAAUCCUUCAUCCAUUUCAUGUUGCUGAGGUUGAAGAUGGCUUUCUUUUUGUGAGAAGACUGAGGCAAAGAUGGCAUUGAGCAGUUCUGCCUUUUCCCUGUCCCCUGUCGCCAUCGCCCCAUCUUCUCCUUGCAGAGGCCCUAUCGCCUCCUUUUCUUCCUUUUUCUACCAACGUAAGCAAAAAAGCCUUUUUUGUUGUUUUUAAAGUCCCUGGCAAGCCUGAGCUCAUUUUGCGCUUUAGCCUUGCGAACCUUUUCCCUACAGGAGUUGGCUAUACGUUUGAAUUCUUCUUUGGUGAUUUCUCCCCUUUUCCACUUCUUGUGCAUGUCUCUUUUGAAUCUUAGCCCGGUUAAAAGUUCUUUGGACAUCCAUUCUGGCUUUUUUGCACUUGUCAUAUUUUUUUUCUUUGUUGGCCUUGAGUAUUUCACUUUUAAAAAACUCCCAUCCAUAGUUAACUCCCUUGUCUUUUAAUAUUG